UGGCCCCAAUGGAAAACGAAGUCCCAAUUCUGCCGUCCUGCUCCAAUAGAAUAUGUACAUGUACAUCAUACAUGUACAUGGCCUAAAGGCUUCAUUCCUUCUGAAAACCUCCGACAAAUCUCUUUAAAAUUAGGAUUUCCAUCCCCAGAGACCUUUCUCUUUCGUUCAUUAAUUUCUAUAUGUUUUCAGGUUUAGCUCUUCAACACGCUUUUGCUUUGCUUACUCAAGAAUUGUAUGAGUCAUUCUCUGGUGAUGGGUAUGCCUGCAAACGACACAUUUCAAGGCAUAGAAAGAGAGUAGCUGCUAAUUUUUUCCUGGGAGAAAAAAGAGUAGCUUGUUGAAUAGGCAAUGGAAGUCCAAUUGGAGAAGGUGUAUGUUGCAGUUGGGAGUGAUUUGCAAGAUGGGUUUGCAACCUUGGAGUGGGCACUGAGAAAGUGGAAUUCUCAUUCAACAUCCAUAGUGAUCAUCCAUGCAACAAAUAUCAUUUCCAAUGAUUUUGUUUACACCCCAUUUGGGAAGCUCCCAGCAAGCUCUGUGAGUGAUGAAAAAUUGGGAGUUCUGAGGAAGUACGAGGAAGACAAGACGAACAAGUUACUGUCCAAGUACAUGGCUUUCUGUGGCAAGGUAAAAGCUGAAAUUCUUAAAAUCGAGAAACAUGAUGAACCCAUUCAUAAGGUCAUCAUAGAUUUGAUCUCCGGAGUCCAUAUUACAAAAUUGGUCCUGGGAAUGACAUUCUUGAAGUCCUCAGCGGGGAGAUCAAAGAGUGCAAUCAGUGGAUCCUUUUAUGUUCAUAGAAACAAACCCGAAUUCUGUGAGUUAUUCAUAGUAUGUGGAGGAAAAUUAGUAUUCCUAAGAGAAGAAAAUGAUGGACUAAUGGAGGAUGAUCAAGGAGUCAUGGUUGCAAGAACAAGAGGAAAGCCAAGUUUCAAAGGCUGGUUUGGAAAAAUGUUUGCAGAAAGUCCAACAAGCCACCAUACACAUGGCUCAUCCACUUCGUCAACAAUUGCGGAUUCACUGAAUUCGCUGAAUCAAUGGGAGAAUUCUGUUGAUGAAAUUGAGAACUAUUUCCAGCAGCUGUUAUCUUUGAACCUGGAUGAACAAGAUUGUGAGGACGAGAACAAUCCAACAGAGCAAGAGAUGCCAGAAAAUAGUGAUUCUGAUGUGAGUGGAGCAGAAAAGUUUGGAGCAUUGAAAAUUAAAUUAGAGGAAGCACACGAGACGAUUCAGUUAAAAAGAAAAGAAGCCAAGGACCAUGUUGAAAGACAUGGAAGAGCUGAAUGGGCCAUUUGUUUAAGUACUCGCCGGGCAGAAGAACUUGAAGUUCAUAUAAAUGAAGAGAUCUCGAACCGAAUUGAUAUAAGGAAAGAACUAGAUGCUUCAAAAGAACAAAUCUAUGAAGUUAGAAGUGAUGUUGAAGAAAGCAAGAGUAGGCUGAGAUCACUUCUAGAACUCCAGACAGAGCUAUCAAAGAAACUUCAACUCUCAUCAUUAUCGAGAUCACGAGUAGAGGCCCAACUAGAGAAUGUAGCAAUUGCAAGAGCAGAGAUGGUUCGAGAGAUUGAGGAGCUGAGGAGACAGAGAGAUGUUCUCCAACGUAGAAUUGAGUUCUGUAGAGAAAAGGAAGCAAUAGGGACUGCUUCAAGACUGAGUGAGUUGAUCUGCAGCUAUAGAGAGUACACCCCUGAAGUGAUCAAAUUGGCCACCGAUGAUUUCUCUGAGCACCUGAGGAUGAAAACUGGAGGGGACUUGACUAAUGUCUUUAAGGGACGGAUCAACCAUGCAACCGUAGCAAUCAAAAUGGUGAAUUCAGCCAAGGGGUUGUCCCAAGAGGCUUUCCAAAUUGAGGUAAAGCUCCUCAACCGCAUCCGGCAUUCGCAUAUUGUUGCGGUGAUUGGUUUCUGCUCUGAGCUAAGGUGCAUGGUCUUCGAAUAUAUGCACAAUGGUAGCUUGAGGGACAUGCUAUUUUCCUCCCAUAGGAACUCCAGAAGAAGAGACUGCGCUCUUCGGUGGCAUGAUCGAGUCCGCAUAGCAGCAGAAGUUUGCUCAGCCCUGGCCUUCCUCCACUUAAAUGAGCCGAGACCCAUUUUUCAUGGCAGUCUGAACGCUUCCAACAUCCUCCUCGACCGCAAUAUGGUUGCAAAGAUCCAUGGUUUAAGGCUCACUCCAAGCCAUGAGGAACAAGAUAUGAGGUCCGAUGUCCGGGCCUUCGGGCUUCUAGUGCUGCAGCUUCUAACCGGGAGGAAUUGGUCUGGGCUGGUUGAAGAGGCAAUGGCGAUGGAUCGUGGGGCCUUGAUUCAGGUCUUGGACGAGAUAGCAGGAGAAUGGCCUUUGGAUUUGGCUGAGGAACUUGCAGUAAUAGCCAUGAGGUGCGUGUGCAUUAACAUGGAUUUGAGAAUGGGAACAAUAAUGGGAGAGCUGAAUGAGCUGAGGAAAAAGGCAGAUGAUAUAGUUGCUCGAACAGGAUGUAAGGUGGGGAGUGAUGAAGGUGCCCACAUGGAAGACACAAACGUUGUUGUGCCCGGUGUUUUCAUCUGCCCCAUAUUUCAGGAAGUUAUGAAGAACCCUCAUGUGGCAGCUGAUGGGUUCUCAUAUGAGCUAGAAGCCAUAGAGGAAUGGCUAGGGACAGGGCACGAUACAUCUCCUAUGACAAACUUAAGGCUCAGGCACAAACAACUCACCCCCAAUCAUACCCUGCGCUCCCUCAUCCAGGAUUGGCUUAACAAAAGAUCAACUUCCCCUUCAUAAUACAUCAAAUUUUCAUCUUUGUACGUUAUAUAUAUAGUCCAUUCAACUUGCUGAUUUUUUUUUUCUUUUUUCUCCUAUGUAAUUUAAAACACAGUCGUAUAGACACACAUUGUUCCA